ACGUCAUUCGCCGAAUUUUGCAAAGACAAAGUUGACUUAGACUUUGGUUUCUCAAACCUCAACACUGAAGUAAACUAUUAUUUCAAUGCUGCUGGAGAUGCUUGGGACCCAGUUAAGUUCACAUGCGAAAAAUUUGAAUGCAAGAGAAUAGAAAGCAGACUUGCAGUCUAUAUGUUGGACCCAGAUAUUUCAAAUGCUUUAGCUGCCAAAUAUAUUGCAGUUCCACUUAUGUUCCCUAUACACCAAAUAUCUGUCAAAGACUUUGCAGGUGAAGUUGGAAACCAAAGUGCUGACCCAGGUGCAAGAACAGAUAUUGCCUUAACAACUGCAAUGAAACAUGCAGAUACUAUGUUUGUUCUUUUCAGACGAACUAUAAAUGACUAUUCUUGUUUCUACAACCCUGGUAUUAAAUAUCAUAUAAACAUAGAUGGCAAAUAUUAUCCAAGAGAAGAAUAUUCUACAGUUGAGGAUAUGAGGUCAUACAACUUGACAUUAGAUGCUAUGAACUUUAACAACAACUUCACAACAACCAUUAACCCUGAAAUGCAAAGUUCUAUUAUGCCAUAUGUGAAAGUAUGGACCCAUACAGGAGGUCAAAAAACUCAAUAUACAAAUGGAGACCGUUCAAACUUUUGGCUUGGCAUUCCAUUUGCUGACUCAGAAGACUUUAUGGGUGGUAUUUCAACUGUUGGUACAGUUCAAAUACAAUAUACUGGUGACAGAGACGGUCCAGAUGAAUUGAAAGCAAAGAAGUUUACAAAACCAAUAGCACUUUUCACGGAAGAUGCUCUUUUGAAAAUUC